GGCUCCUGCCGGGCUCCCAGCGCCUACGGGGGCCUGUCCUCCUCCCGCUACUCCUCCGGGGGAUAUGGUGGUGGUCUUGGCGUCUGCCUCAGUGGUGGCGAUGGUGGCCUCCUCUCUGGCAACGAGAAGCUCACCAUGCAGAACCUCAACGACCGCCUGGCCUCCUACCUGGAGAAGGUGCGCGCCCUGGAGGAGGCCAACGCUGACCUGGAGGUGGAGAUCCGCGACUGGUACCAGAAGCAGGGGCCCGGGCCCGCCCGCGACUACAGCCCCUACUUCAAGACCAUCGAGGACCUGCGGGACCAGAUAUUCGAAGCCACAAUAGAGAAUACACAGCCCCUUCUGCAGAUUGACAACGCCAGGCUGGCAGCUGAUGACUUUAGGACCAAGUAUGAGCAUGAGCUGGCCCUGCGCCAGGGCAUGGAGGCUGACAUCAAUGGCCUGCGCAGGGUGCUGGACGAGCUGACCCUGGUAAGGACUGACCUGGAGAUGCAGAUCGAGGGUCUGAAGGAGGAGCUGGCCUACCUGAAGAACCACCAGGAAGAGAUGUUUACCCUGCAGAGUCAGACCAGCGGGGACGUCAAUGUGGAGGUGUAUGCUGCCCCCAGCGUGGACCUGAGCCACAUCCUGAAUGAGAUGCGUGACCAGUAUGAAUAGAUAGCAGACAAGAACCGCAGAGAUGCCGAGGCCUGGUUCCUGAGCAAGAAAGAGGAGCUGAACAAAGAAGUGGCCUCUAACAGCCAGCUGAUGCAGAACAGCCGCAAUGAGUUGAAUGAGCUCCGAAGGGUGCUCCAGGGCCUGGAAGUCAAACUGCAGUCCCAGCUCUGCAGGAAAGCAUACCUGGAGAAGAGCCUGGAGGAAACCAAAAACCGCUACUGCCUGCAGCUGUCCCAGAUCCAGGGGCUCAUCUGCAGCGUGGAGGAGCAGCUGGCCCAGCUGCGCUGCGAGAUGGAACAGCAGAAGCACGAGUACCAGAUCCUUCUGGACGUGAAGACGUGGCUGGAGCAGGAGAUCGCCACCUACCGCCCCCUGCUGGAGGGCGAGUACACCCACCUCUCCUCCCAGCACCCAUCCGGCCAGAACUAUGUUUCCUGA